UUAGUUCCCACACAGGGACGGGGCAUCCAGACCGAGUGGGAGAUAGGCAGAAGCUGAGAGGAAAAUUAUACCCCAGAGGCAGAACCACUGGGCUCCAUUUACCUUAAGAGCCUGUGACCUGAAGGCUGAGCUCAAGGACGCUCCCAGAUAAGUCCCUGAAGGCUUCCCUUUGCUCUGCCUGCCGACCUCUGCCUGCCCCCGAACAUCCCCGAAAAUGGAGCGAUCCACACAAGAACUUUUCCUCAACUUUAUGAUUGUCCUCAUUACUGUGUUGCUCAUGUGGCUCCUGGUGAAGUCUUAUCAGGAGUAAAAGACAAUCAGAAACUCUCAGGGCUGGUCUAAGCCUGUGUCUGCAGACACCAGUGACACCCACUGCACACCUCUGUGAUCAGCUUUUGGUCAAUUCGGGAUGCCGUGAAUAUUUUUUUUACUCUCUCAUCUCUGUUGCCCGCGCUAAUGUUUGUAAUGGGUCUAUGAUGGUGUAAUUAUUUUAUUCUGCAGUGAUCCAACUGUAAAAUCCUUAGGAAAUGUCCUAUGUGGCUCUCCCCCAGUGGCCAUGUGAAUGCUGUGCCCCUCUGCCCACGGUGCUGGCUUCUUUGGCAUCAGGGUAGGGUAUAAAGAAGCAGCAUGCAAUGGAUCCGUCUGUGUUAGCCAGUAUAAAAGGCUUGCUUAGCAGACAGGAACGUGAAACUUCUGUUUUCGCUUGCUCUUGUUUCACUUAAAUAAAGAACAUGUAAACCCA